AUGCGAGCGAAUCGCAUCUCGUCGGAGCCAGCAGCCGAGCUCCUCUCACGUCUUUCAUCGCCACAGAAGGCUUUUUCUGCCGUCCACGUAACGGGUUCGAAAGGAAAGGGCUCCGUUGCAACCAUGGUAACUGCCGCAUUGCUCCACGCACCGCUCUUCGUUUCCACUGUCGGUACGUAUGGAUCACCGCAUGUCGAAAGGUUCAACGAGCGCAUCCGGAUCAACGGCCGUUCCAUCCCGGACGACGAUCUCGCGAACGCCUUGGGACAGGUUUUGGACGUGAGAGAGCAGGAGCCAGAGGUCCGAGCGGCAACCGUGUUCGACGUCGUGUGUGCAUCCGCUAUGCUUGAGUUUAAACGUAUACAAGCUAGAUGGGCCGUCAUCGAAGUCGGCUUGGGCGGGAGGCUGGAUUCGACAAACGUGCUCGAUGCCCCCGUGGCUGUCAUUACAAACGUCCAUCUAGAACACAAGGAGAUCAUUGGGCCGACUCGUAAGGACAUUGCGUAUGAGAAAGCCGGCAUCAUUGCGCCGGGAGCGCACGUUGUCUGCGGGAUGAGCCGCGGCCAUGAACUGGCAAAUAUAUUCGUGCAGGAGGCAGCGUCAAAAUCACCACCUGCUACGAUACAGUUUUGCGCGCCUGAGGCGGGUCACUCAUUGUUCGAGCACAAUUUGAUGCUGUCCAGAGCAGCCGUGCAAGCAGUCGCGAGGAGGGAAGGGGUUGCAGGCAUGGCAGAUAACGACCUUUUGCCCAAGUCUCUGGCGGAGGAGGCCAUGAGCAAUCUUCCCGCGCGACAAGAGAUGUUUACAGUUGCGAGUGGUGCAGGUGAGACAGACACACCGGUUCGUGUUUUGCUUGAUGGCGCACAUGUUCCGGAAAGCGUCGAAAUGGUGUUGCGAGAAUCGUCGUCGGGAAGGCCACGGGUGAUAUUGUAUGGAUCAGGGGUAGACAAGGAUGUUGAAGCAAUAGGCCAGCUCCUGCAUGAUGCGCGCCCAUUACACGUCGUAGCUACAGCAGCAGGCGUCAGCGAAACGUACAUGCCUGCAGACGAUCUCGCAGAGCGUAUCCGCAAAACUGGAAACACGCCUGUGACGGCUGUUGGUGAUGCAGACGAGGCGCUUCAAGCAGCUAUUGAUCUCGCUAAUUCCUUGGGUGCGGACCUGGCUAUCCUAGGAUCUCUACAUAUUGCAGGGCGUGUUCGGCCAUCACUACGAGCUCGUCAAGACCAUUUCCGUUCUAAUCAGCAAAAACCGCGUUUCAGUCCUGAUGCACGCCAACAGUAA